GACUUUAGACAAUAUGGCGCCACCUAGGGUACUGCCCACGUGGUUCUGGCAGGCAAGAUGGCGGCCGCAGUCAGCCCGACUUCCCUGGAGUCGGCCCCACUGAUCUUCCGUCUGGUGGCCGAAUGCAGCCGCUCCAGGGCCCGGGCAGGCGAGCUGCGGCUCCUGCACGGACCGGUGGCCACGCCAGUGUUCAUGCCAGUGGGCACGCAGGCCACCAUGAAGGGCAUCACAGCGGAGCAGCUGGACGCGCUGGGCUGCCGCAUCUGCCUGGGCAACACUUACCAUCUGGGUCUGAGGCCGGGCCCCGAGCUCAUCCAGAAAGCCCACGGUCUCCACGGCUUCAUGAAUUGGCCCCACAAUCUGCUGACGGACAGCGGCGGCUUUCAGAUGGUGUCCCUGGUGUCCCUGUCCGAGGUGACGGAGGAGGGCGUCCGCUUCCACUCCCCGUACGACGGCGAUGAGACCCUUCUGAGCCCAGAGAGGUCCGUGGAGAUCCAGAACGCACUGGGCUCAGACAUCAUCAUGCAGCUAGAUGACGUGGUUAGCAGCACUGUGACGGGGCCACGUGUAGAGGAGGCCAUGUACAGAUCAAUCCGCUGGCUGGACCGUUGCAUUGCAGCCCAUCGGCGGCCGGACAAGCAAAAUCUCUUCGCCAUCAUCCAGGGUGGGCUGGACGCGGAUCUCCGGGCCACCUGCCUGGAAGAGAUGACCAAGAGGGACGUGCCUGGCUUCGCCAUCGGGGGCCUGAGUGGCGGUGAGAGUAAGGGCCAAUUCUGGAGGAUGGUGGCGCUGAGCACUUCGAGGCUGCCUAAGGACAAGCCCCGAUACCUGAUGGGGGUUGGCUAUGCCACUGAUCUGGUGGUCUGCGUGGCUCUUGGAUGCGACAUGUUCGACUGUGUUUUCCCCACGCGGACAGCGCGCUUUGGCUCCGCCCUGGUGCCCACGGGAAACCUGCAGCUGAAGAAGAAGCAUUUUCAGAAGGACUUCCGCCCCAUAGACCCUGAGUGUUCCUGUCCCACCUGCCAGAAGCACAGCCGGGCCUUCCUGCAUGCACUACUCCACAGUGACAACACCGCCGCCCUGCACCACCUCACCGUUCACAAUAUCGCCUAUCAGUUGCGGCUGAUGGGAGCGGUACGCGCCAGCAUUGUGGAGAAACGCUUUCCUGACUUCGUCCGGGACUUCAUGGGCACCAUGUAUGGGGACCCCACCCUCUGUCCCACGUGGGCCACUGAAGCCCUGGCCUCUGUGGGAAUCACACUGAGUUGACCUGGCUUGGGGGGUAGGGGAGGGGAUGGAAGACAUUGAAGGAUUUGGUUUUUUAUUAUAACUUAA